AUGCAAAGCUACCUCCAGCCUGAAUCAUCCUUGAUGCUAAAGCAAGUACCUAUGUCUGGCACAUCUUGGCAAGAACCUUUGUUUCUGGGUGUAUCGCUUAGAAUUACAACGGUCCAAAGAAGACAAUUUGAAGCACAGUUGUUUCAAGAAGUCAACAACAUUCUUGGAAGCAAACACUUCAGGACCACGGCUUACCAUCCUCAAGCAAACGGACUCGUGGAAAGACUUCACAGGCAAAUGAAAGCAGCCAUUCUUUAUCACGUAACGGAGAGAUGGACCGAAGUUUUGCCUUUUGUCAUGUUGGGAAUUCGAUCAGCCUGGCGAAAGGACCUGGAAGCGACACCUGCAGAUCUCGUGUUUGGGCAAGCCUUGCGACUUCCUGGAGAAUUUCUCGCUUCCUGUAAAUCAACCGAUAACAGAGAACCAUCUUCAGAUUUUGCUAAGGAGCUUCGACAACAUUUGCAGCACUUACGUCCUGUAAGUGGAACGCGACAUGCGAUCAAAACGCCUUUCGUUCUAAAGGAUCUAGCCACAAGUAAAUCUGCUUGGCCUAGGCUUGACAAAACCAGAAGAGCCUUGCAGCAACCUUAUCAAGGGCCUUACCAGAUCAUCCGCAGAGGAGAAAAGAAAUUCGAUCUUCGUAUAAACGGUCAAGAUGUCACAGUCUCUAUCAAUCGUCUCAAACCAACCUACACUUUAACAGACAAGGACGAGCCCCAUGAGCCAAAAGCUGAUCAUUCUGCAAGGGUGCAGCAGCAGGAAAAUUAUCCUGUUAUUUCCAAACGUAGGGUUCGAUUCCCCGACCGCCACCAAGGAGGAUUUUCAUGA